AUGGAUCCCCACAAUGAGAAAGACACUGACCAAGUAUCCUCAACAUUCUCCAACAUGCCGACUGAUAUAAUUGCAAAUAUCCUUGGGCGGUUACCACUAGAGCCACUGGUAAAGUCGCGGUUGGUAUGUCGGGAAUGGCAGUGGGUAAGUUCACGGAAGGAUUUCAUUGAAGAUUAUGAUAAAAGGUUAAACCUUGGUGGUCCUCCUACCUUCCACUGUCUUGUCACUGCUAGCACAAAAUACAUUCGGGACGUAGGGUGCUAUUCCGUGUUGUUGGAUCCAGAACGUUCUAGGGGGGACUCCAUAACUGACGCACUUGUUUCUAGUUUUUAUCAUAUUCCAGAAAGAGAAAAGGAAGAGGAAAAGGGGGUCGAAGAGUGGUCGUCAAUCAACAGUCAUCAGGAAGAUUGA